UGCAACCAGUCUGGCAAUUCCAGCUCCUAGACACCCGGACACUCCCUGCUUUUGAAUCUUCCGCCAUCUUGGUCGGUUGCCGGUCGAACGGAAUAACACAAUUGUCGAAAAGCGAAUAAAAAAAUUGCAAAGAAAAGAAAAGAAAAGAAAAGUGCUCUAGGGGGAGGCUCUAGCUGAAUCUCCUUCCAAAUAAAUCAAAGAAUAGAACCCUAAUUUCCCAAUCUCAGCGUCUCUACAAUUAAGGUUUCCAGAGACAAUUUCUCAACAAUCAAGAUUGCUGCCAAAUAAGAUAUCAUAUGGCUGGUGCUGGUCACAAGAGUGAGCUCGAAUGGGUAGAGAGAGUUAAAUCAGAUGGAGCUGUUCCACUUCUUGAGCCAGAUAACUGUCUGAAUGGUUGGGCUUCCCCACCUGGAGACAAGUUCAUGGUCAGAGGUCCAGAGUACUUCUCAAACAGGGUUAAAAUUCCUGGUGGUGAAUAUCUUCUAAAGCCUAUUGGCUUUGAUUGGAUUAAAAGCUCAACAAAGAUUGGGGAGAUCAUGAACCAUCCAAACAGCCGAGUCAGGAAAGUUAUUGAGGAUGAAUUUCCAAAAGGCAAUAAGCCUUUUGUUUGGGCUUUCAAUUUACAGGUCCCGAGCAAGGACAAUUACAGUGCCGUGGCAUAUUUUGCUGCCACAGACUCUAUCCCAGAGGGGUCUUUGAUGGAUCAAUUCUUGAAGGGUGACGAUGGAUUUAGGAAUUCGAGGCUUAAAUUGAUAGCUAACAUUGUCAAGGGCCCUUGGAUUGUGAGAAAAGCAGUUGGGGAGCAGGCCAUUUGCGUAAUUGGGCGUUCUAUUUCCUGUAAGUACUGUUUAGCAGAGAAUUUCUUAGAAGUUGAUUUAGAUAUUGGAUCCUCCAUGGUUGCGAGUGCCAUAGUUCACCUGGCAUUUGGUUACAUCACCACACUUACAGUCGACCUGGCCUUUCUCAUUGAAAGCCAAACACAAUCAGAGCUUCCAGAAAGAAUAUUAGGUGCCGUAAGAUUCUCAGAGCUGAACCCCACUUCGGCUCAGCCAAUUGAACCAUCAUCUGGUGGAACUGCUGCUAAUUUGCAGUCUUCUCUGUCUACACGAUUGUGGAAGUCAAUUGGCCAGGGUUUUACCCAGAUUCUUCACCCUGGUGCUCAAGAAAGUAGCUCUCGCUCUGGCUCGGCACAUUUUAAUGGUACUGUUGAUCAUGAAGACAGUAUCAAAGACAUGAAGAACUGAUAAAGCAGGUCGUGAAAGUGCAGUUGAAGCUUAAUUUUUUACAAAAUUUGUGGGCCUUCCUUUGUUCAUGCUAUCUGUUUCUCUUAAAGGCGAGUCAUUAAGCCGUCUUUUUCAUUAGCAGGAUUUUAGUUUUAAUGCCUUAAGUUAUAUAAUAUAGCAAUUGCUUUGUAUUUUUUUUUUUUUUUCUUGUCAGGAUAGUAAUUACCUCUUUUUUUUUUGGUUUAGUAUAGUAAUUGCUGUCUGUUUAUAGUUAAGAAAGUACAUAUGAAGGGCAGUAGGAUGUUCUUUUGUAAUGAUCGAACCAUAUUAUGAGUAAAAAAUCUAUUUGAUUUUUCUUUCCCUUAAA